AUGGCCUGGCUGUGGCUCUCCUGCGUUCUGCUUUCUGCCCUCAUGGCACCUGUGGCAGCCAACACGCCCCCAUCAUUCCAGGGCACUUUGUUUGUGGUGCUGCCCGAGGACCUGCCAGUGGGCAACAAGGCCUUCCAGCUCAGUGCGACCGACCGGGAUGGAGACAAGGUGACCUAUGGGAUCAGCGGUCUCUACGCCUACUUCUUCAACGUCAACUCAUCCACGGGGGAGGCGACCCUGGCGAGCCCUCUGGACUAUGAGACGCAGACCCAGUUCAGAAUCACUGUCUCCGCCAGUGACGGCUAUAACAACCCGAGGGAAAUGCUUGUGAUCAUUGAGGACAGAAACGACAACGCACCCGUUUUCCAGAACACUGGAUUCUCCGCCGACAUCAGUGAGACCCUGCCGGUUGGUUCCCUGGUGUACUCCGUGCUGGCCGAGGACAAAGACACCGGGUCGUCGGGGAUCGUGGAGUACAACUUAACGGAGAUCAUCCCCAGCACCGCAGACAGGUACCUCUUCUACAUUCUGGACAACGGCUCCAUCAUACUCAAUGGCAGCCUCAGCUACAAUAACAAGAGUGCCUUCUACCAGCUCAAAUUGGUGGCCUGUGACUCAGGUGGCUUGCUCCAUGACGUCCAUACCGUCCAGUGCUCCUCGCCUGUCUUCCUGUCCAUCACGGUGAUCGACCAGCCUGACCUUGACCCGCAGUUCAUCAGGGACUUUUACUCGGCCUCUGUGGCUGAGGACGCGGCCUUGGGGACCUCGGUGCUGACGGUGGAGGCCGUGGACAGUGACAAAGGCGUCAACGAUCUUGUGCUCUACAGCAUCUCCAAUUCCACAAGGGUUGGCUGGUUUGACAUUGGAGUUGAUGGGGUCAUCAGGGUCAGUGGCCCCCUGGACCGGGAGCAGCUGCUGCAGGAGGAUGAGGAGGUGCAACUGCAGGUCACGGCCACAGAGAAGAACCUCAACAUCUACGAGCAGCAGGCUCAGGCGAGCAUCUGGGUCACCCUGGUGGUGACCGAUGUGAAUGACCACACGCCCGAGUUCUACAGCUGCAACUUCUCAGACUGCACCUUCAGCCCCCAAGAGGUCCAGGCCGACUUUGUGGGUUACGUGGAUGAGCAUGCCUCCACCCGCAUCCCCAUCGACAACCUCACCAUGGCAGCCUACGACCCAGACAAGGGCAGAAAUGGCACCUUCCAGCUGACCCUGGCUGGGGCAGACGCCAACGCCUUCAGCGUCUCCCCGGAGCGGGUGGCGGGCUCCGCGGAGGUGCAGGUGCUGGUGCGCGCACCACAGAUGGUAGACUAUGAGAACAAGACGGUGAUGCAGGUGCAGGUCGUGGCCACCGACUCUGCCAGCCAGAACUCUUCCACUGCAACGGUGACCAUCCACAUUAGGGACAUCAACGACCACAGGCCCUCGUUCCCCCAGAGCUCCUAUGUCCUCUGCCUACCUGAGCACAGUGCGGCUGGCUUCGUGGUUACCAGUGACAUUCUCGCCACCGACCCUGACACGGGCGACUGGGGCCGCAUCACCUACAGUCUGCUCCCAGGCAACGGGGCAGACCUGUUUGCAGUGGACACAAACUCGGGCAUGGUGACGGUGAGGGACGGAAAGCUGCUGGACCGGGAAAAGCAGGCCGUGUACUACCUGACGCUGCAGGCCACGGAUGGCGGCGACCUUUCGACUUCCACCUCGCUGGAGAUCAACCUGCUGGACAUCAACGACAAUGCGCCCCAAGUCAGCGGCUCCUACAAUGUCUUCGUACGGGAGGAGGAGGAGGAGGUCUCCGUGACCAUCCAGGCCCAGGACAUUGACGAACUAGAAACCGAUAACAGCCGCCUCGUCUACAGCCUGCUGCCUGGCCCCUACAGCCACAACUUCUCCCUGGGCCCCGACACAGAGCUCCUCACAAAUGUGGGACCCCUGGACCGAGAGGAAAUUGAUCGCGCCCUGGAGGGUCGCAUCAUGCUGACCGUGCAGGUGGCUGACUGUGGCACACCUAGUCUCAGUACCGAGGUCAACAUCACCAUCACGGUGGAGGACAUCAACGACAACCCGCCCGUCUUCAACCAGUCUAGCUACACAUUCUCCGUGAUGGAGCAGGAUCCAGGAGCGCUGGUGGGGGUGGUGGAGGCCGAGGACAAGGACCAGACAGAAGUCAACAACCGCAUCAGCUUCAGCCUGUCCGGGAGUGGGGUCAACAACUUCAUCUUGCAGGGCUCCGUGCUGGGGUCUGGGGUGGCCACAGGAUCCCUCUGGCUGCCACCCGACCAAAGCCUGGACCACGAGAGCCAGGCCGUCUUCCGUCUGACAGUGAGUGCCGAGAACCUGGGCUCCCAGGGCCUGGCGGCCCAGGUGGACGUUACCGUAAUGGUGUUGGACAUCAACGAUGAGCCACCCACCCUGGUGGAAGCCUCUCUCCAGGGCGUGCGUGUGGCCGAGAAUAGCUCACGGGACGGCCAGGUGGCCCAGGUGCAGGCCCGGGAUGUGGACUCGAAUGCUUGGCUACAGAUAGAGCUCGUGGGUGUCAUCUGUACCAAGGCCGGGGUCGACGUGGGUGACCUGUGCCGUACUUGGUUCUCCAUGGAAAACGGCUCUGUGUACAUCAGCCAAGGCAAGGCCAUCGACUACGAGGCCUGUGACCUGGUCACGCUGGUGGUGCAGGCCUGUGACCUCAACACGGAUCUCGGCUUCCCAGCCUGCAGCGACAGAGGAAGCCUCGACAUAACCAUUGAGGAUGUCAAUGACAACGCACCUUACUUUGUGCCUGAGAAUAAGACUUUUGUGAUCAUCCCAGAACUCGUGUUACCCGGCCAGCAGGUGGCUACAGUCCAGGCCAGAGACGAUGACUCAGGGGCCAACGGGGCCGUCAAGUUCAACAUUCUGCAUGUGAAUUUCGUCUCUAACGAUGGAACCACGCAGACUUUCCAGAACAUCUUCAACAUUGUUCCCUCCUCAGAGGGCGCCGUGUUCACAGGCAGCAUUGAGUUGAUGACCAACCUGGAUUCCGCUCUACAAGGCAUCUACCAGGUGACCGUCCAGGCCCAGGACACACCUUCUGUGGGUUCUGCCCUAGAAAGUCAACUCACCCUGAACCUUUUCACCGUGGACCAGAGCUACCGUGUGAGGCUGCAGUUUUCCAUGUACAAGGAUGAGGUGGGCGCCAACCUGGAGGCGAUUAAACAGGCUCUGGCCCAAGCCACCAGGACCACUGUGUAUGUCGUGCAUGUUCAGGACCUGGAAUCUAUGGCCAGGGCCCGGGCCAAUUCCUACAUGGAUGCUUACUUUGUCUUCCCCAACGGGUCAGCACUGAUGCUGAGCCAACUUAGUUCGAUGAUUCGCAGUGACGAGGACGCAUUGACAGAGCUGCUGCGGCUGGGGCUCGUGGUGCUGGGCUCCCAGGAGCCCCUGGAUUCAGACCAGAGGAAGCAGCUCGUCAUCGUCAUCGUGGGACUGGGCGUGGCUCUGGCGCUGACCAUCGUGAUCGCAACGACGGUCUUCGUUUGUGUGCAGAAGAGUCACCGGCGGAAGCUUCGGGCUAUGAAGGCUGCCAAGGAGGCACGACAGACAGCAGCAGGGGUGACGUCCUUUGGCGCUGCCAUCCCCGGCACUAACAUAUACAAGACCGAGAAGGCCAACCCUAUGCUGAACUUAUCCGCCAAUGACCUGGGUUUGGAGUACCUCUCCUCCAAUGACCUAGACCACGUCAGCCUCAACUCCCUGGAUGACAAUUCUGUGGACCUGGACAAGGACAGCCGAGACAACAAGGCAAGAUGGGGGGGCGGGGAGCCACCACCGCCCAAUCCCCAAAGGCCCUACGCAGAGCCCCUGAGCAUGCUCCUAUCAGCAAGGCAGCCCACAGAAGGCCAGCAGCAGAACCUGUCUUUCACCAACGGUGGCCUUGACACCACAGACCUGUGA